AUGGAUCCGCCUGCCAUCCCUUCGUUCUUUAUCGAACGUCUUCUUGCCCCAACGCCAACUAGCAAUUUCAAGGAAGUGAGUUUAAAAAAAGCAAAAAAGUUUGACCCCCGGUUGGGAUCGAACCAGCGCCGAGCAAUUGAAAAGCAAAAGCGUAACCACCGCGCCACUCGCGACACUUUUGCCAUCCCCGCCCAGAUGCAAAGAUGUUCUCGGUGUUAGGAUCUACAAAAUUGUAAUUUAAAAAGUGCCCUUUAAACUUCACGGAUCCGUACCAGACUUUAAGGACAUAAUCUCACCAACCUAGAGGGACCACCUUUCAAGUUUCGUCGCAAUCGGUUGCCUAGGAGAGGAGCAACAGCAACAGUUGAAACGCAAUGAACAACAGUUUUGCGCGUUCUUUCAAAUUCAAAAAGUCUUUGAAACACAAAAGUUUCCAAAAAGUGAUCCAGUGUCAAAUUUGGUCCCGAUCGGUUUAGUCCUAUUCAUUUUCAGCCGUAUCCAGUGCUCCAGCCUUAUUUUCAGCCAAACCUCAACUUUCAAGGACCGUCAGCCUCUAUGUACACACCAGAAGUACCGGUUUUUCAUUUGUUAUGAAUAUAGAGCCCAUCAAAACCAUUUCCAGUUGAUCAACGCGUGUUUGGAGUUCAAACGAGCCGAUCUGCAGGAGCAACAAGCCGAAUUGUAUCUGAACUUUGAGGCCGGCUUCGGAGCACUUUCCGGGUUCUUUCCGCCGGUCCUGCCGGAUUGCGAUCCGAUCACCAGGGAACAGAUUUUCAAGAGAUAUACUGUAAGUAGCCGUACCACCGCUAAAUACCAUACAUUCAAGUUCAAAUCAAUGUAUCUCAGCUGCCGUAAGAGAUAUCAAAACGUUUUCAACUGAUAAAAUGUUUAAAAAGUCAUUAUGCACAUUUUAUUAGUUGACAGUCUUUUGAUAUCUCUACCCACAGCUGAGAUAUAUCCGAAAACGUUCAGACCGCCGGAAAUCCGUUGUUGAAGGAAGUGGAGGAAAAGUAUGGCGGCUCGACACCGUUGAACGAGUUGUUCGGAUGGGACGGAAACGGAAUCCUAGACACCAGACAGAAGGUAUUGAAGUUUAAAAGAAACUGCUCGAAAACCGGCGACUAUUACAGCUUCCCCCUCAAUUUCCGUUCACUUCUCACGUACUGAUGAGCUACGGAAUGGUCAAACUCGCCAAAAGUCACCGAUUGGUCACUCGUAAGCUCAUCGAACCCUCUAGAACACUCAAAAUUCCCUUAUUUUUCAGAAGUUGGUCUUCAAAGUCUGUCUCCGGACGAUCGAGAAGUCUACCUGGCCCAGAGAAAGUGGCUCAACGGUAAUUACGAACAGGCGUUUCACAAAUUACACCUUUUCUUUAGAAACUUGGCCAAAAAUGUCGGAAAACGAGAAAAACGAGUACAAGACGUUGUACUUGAACGGAUUGAAUCAAGUUCAACAGGAGGAAGAGUGCAGGAGAGCAUGGUGAGCAAUAGAUAUUGUCCAAUUCUAAAUAUUGCAUUGUAGGAGAGCCCAACGUAUCAGCAGAAAGAAUGCCGAACUACGCGCCCACUAUUUAUCGUCGAAUUGAAUUGAUCCGACGCCUCGUAUAUAAAAUGACUUGUUUACACACAAUAAAGCGAACGUUCGGCCAAAACAACACGACACUCGCGGCGAAAAGCAGAACAAGCAUCGGUGGUUCAGUGGUAGAAUGCUCGCCUGCCACGCGGGCGGCCCGGGUUCGAUUCCCGGCCGAUGCAUUUUGUUUUCGCCUCGUUUUUCCUUCCUCAUCGUUAUUUCCUUAUCAUUUUUCCUCAGCCUUUCGCCUCAUACGAGAGAGAGAGAGAGAGAGAGAGUGAACAGAAAAAGAGAGGGCGCCGACGACGAUAACCAGCGCGUGUUGGUUUUUUCGAAAUUGUUCGUUUUCCUCAGGUUGUUGGCGUAUAAAAUGGGAAAGAGAAAUGCGAAAUUUCAGCACUUUUCACUUUCUAACUAUGAUUGAUCCAGCUUUUCAACUUCAAUUUCCAACGGAAUACUUCGCGUCGAAUGACUCGGAAUUGUCGGAAAACGAGCCAUCCGACACGGAAAACAAAGAGGAGCCGGAGCAGAGUUUGGAGAAAAUUCGGAUGGAAGUCGACGAGCUCACGGAGCAACUGACGGAGCAUUUCGAUCGGGUUCAGAUGGAAAUCGACGCGUUGAAAGCCGUUUUUCAAGAUAAUGAACAUGUCUAG